AUGAAGUGGAUCCAGAAGGGUCUUGUUCAGGGUAUUUCUCUGAAGUUGCAAGAGGAAGAGUGUGAGGGGCGCAUGGACUUUGUACCUGACAUCUCCGCCAUCAAGACCGACGAGAUUAAAGUCGACAAGGAGACCACUGACAUACUCACCGCGCUCAGCAUGAUGGAUCUUCCCAGAGUUAGGGAGGACGAGUCGGUGGUUGUGCCGGUGCUGACUGCUCCAUUCGGCUAUUGGGACGGUGGACCCUGUAGGAGCAUCAAUCUUCGCACGGAUCAAAUCCCCCUCGAACCUCGUAGAGACGUCUCAGUUCAUGAACCAAUCGAACUGAUGUGCUCAAAAAGAUCAGGGAGUGAUUUCUCCGACUAG